AUGUGUUCCACGCUGGCAGAGAUCCGCAUGUCAUUCUUGGUAAUCACCCUGUUGGUAGCGCUACUCACGGUGUGCAGCGAAGCAGCUCUGUUCCCAGCAGCGCGCUCGCGGGAUUUUUUAUUUUGGUCGCAAAGUACAGAGUUACCCGCACCCUGGAGCAGCGGCCCUCUUUUCUCACACCAUUCGCCGUCGCCUCCUGGUGUGCCUGCAAACUAUGGGGUUCCCGGACUGACUCAGGCAGCUCCGUUUUUGAGCUUUGUUUCAGCCGUUCGUCCUGCUGGGCUGCGUGUCAUUCGCGGCCUGACCCUACCGGUCUCAUUUAGUCCAACAGAAAACGGUGAACAAACGACUCCAAGAUACAGACGCCUACUGAGUGCGACCGGGCCUGAAAUUUACAGCCUGCGAUCUGCUUCAAACGCGUCAUGGCGUCAUUUGCCCCACGAUCCGUCCCUGCUGGUGCGCAGUGCACGGAGAAGCCUUCAAGAACGAGAAGCUCGCUAUGCUCAUAGUGAUGCGAGUCAGGCGGAGGCAUCAAUUGAUCAAUACAAAGCAGAUUUGUGUCUCACCACGCGUCCCCGAGCACGACCGCGGCUCGCCGGUGACUUGGCCCUGGGUGAAGCAGAAGGCUCGCCUGCCUUCGGUCACUACUGUGUACCUGGCAGCACUUCUUCUUCAACCUCAUUCUCUGAACGCCUAGACCGUUCACUGAGCAAACAUCUAAACAUUUCACGGACCCUCACGGCGUUGCACUUCAUCCGCGGAAGGCGAGUACGCGUGAAUGGAACCACGUGUACAGCUCCGGGUCGCAGACUGCGGAACGGCGAUAAGGUCUGGUAUUCCUUGGCCUCUAUUAAAGAGCAUGAGGAAACUCAGAAACGUGGAACUCCAGGCAAGGACAUUGACGUCGACAUGCUUCUAGAGGAGGCCUCACAUGAAGAAGCAGUGGAUCUCAAAGAAGGGGGAGUGGCCCCAGACGCCAGACUCCCUAGCACUGAGCCGGUGGAGAGAGUCUCAACAGCAACGAGCCGUAUGGUACAGUCACCUCCUGCGGCCCAUCCAGGUGGUAGCGCGGCUGGGGCUGAGGCGCGCUUGAGGGCAGCUGUUGGAGUCCGGAGUCUAAGCACGGAACUACGAGAUGAGUUCCUCGGAAGACGCAAGGCGCGCGUAGACCAAAGUUCACUGGCGUUGAUGCCAGACCCCACCGAGCUCAGCAUCAUUUUUGAAGAUGACGAUAUCGUGGUGAUAAACAAACCAGCAGGCCUUCUGACGCAUCCACCCACCCUGACUGUCAGAAAUAUUGACAAGCACAACCGCCUCGGCUCUGUUGUGCAGCGCCUUUUUUACAAGUUUCUGUGCUCUGACCGCGGUUUUCCAGAGACAUUCCUUCCCCUGGCAAAGCAGGCUGCUUUCAGCAGCCUGGCAAGAGAGGCAUCUGGAAGGACAUUGGUGCGGCGCACGGCAACGUCUACUACGGAAAACAUGUCUGCUGCUUAUGAGCAAGACUCCACCACAGCAGCCGAUGGGCUGCGUGAGUCCGUGAGCACGCAGGUGCUAGGGGCACGUCUUGGCCUUCCGGUAGCAAUAUCUAGGCCCAGUGCAGUAGUGCACAGGCUUGACAUCGGAACCAGCGGUGUCCUUGUGGCUGCGAAGACAUUCGCCGCGGCAGAGAACCUGAAGUACCAGUGGGCACAAAGGAAAGUCGUCAAAGGAUACAUCGGGCUCUGCACCCCGGAAAUGCACUGGCUCCACGAGGUUGACGCACCCAUCAGAAGGCACCCGACAAUGAGAGGGAAGAUGGAGGCUGUGGCCAUCGAACGGAGCCCGAGCAUUCUCAUGCCAGCUAGUAGCUUAUCACAUGACAAGCGUGCUUUUGUGGCGAGAGCGAAACCUGGCUUCACUGUCUUUGCUCCGCUAGGAGGCAAUGGCGACUGCGGUUUGUUUGCAGCGCUGGCUCUGACGGGCAGGACCCACCAAAUCCGUGCACACCUAGAGUAUAUCGGGCACCCCCUUAUGGGAGAUCCUGUGUACGGCAACAGAGCAAGAACACACUGGUUUCCAUUCCCUGAUAGGCCUGCUGCCGAUGCCCCGCGUCCGGCGAAGCUGGCCACACGUACGCGGGGAAAGGGCGCACACUCUUUGAAUCCAGACGCAGACUCUGCGUUUUUUCAGUCAUCCACUGAAAAACCAUGUGUCAGGCCAUUCUUGCAUGCGUACCUUCUGCGAUUUGACCACCCUGGUAACGGCGCUCCGAUGGAAUUUAAGGCUGAGCCGCCUGCUGACAUAUGCAGCAUAGCGCGACGCAUGGGAGUGGACUGGGCUUCUAGUGUUGAAGCCGCUUUCAGAGACAUUGGUUCGUAUGGCGGCGAGCUGUCGAAGAAGUAG